UAGUCAAGCAGUGAAAAAAGUCUGAUUUAUCAAUGAAAAGAAAGAUUUCAUCUACGGAUUUAGACGCAGUGGAGGUUUCAAGGCCAGCAAAAAGACGCAGAAUAGAAGUCGAUAAUCAAACGGAUAGGCUUAGUGCAUUUUGUCAUCGUAAUCAGACCUCUGACAAUCGUUUGAUACUGGCCCAAAAUGAAAUGUCAUCUGCUCCACAUAAUGCCAGAGAGAAAGAAAUGGCUCACAUGGCAAACAAGCAGACAUCUAAUGCAAACUUACAAAAAGACAGAGUACGGAACCCAAAUCUGUCCGUGGACGACCAGAAAGCGCAGCCCUCUCAGAUAAAUAGAUUACUCUUGUGGCUGCUAAACAUAUACCCCAACAAACCUCGAAUAGUUCUGAAACCACCACCAAUACCACAACAAAGUGAGCUGAAUGAACCAAGCCUCAGUAGUAAUGUGUUUCAGGAAGGAACAACAAAGAUAUCCGAGGAUUUGCCCAGCUCGUCUGCUGGUCUAACAAUACUGGCCAAGACUGCAUUAUCAGCCUCUGACAUUUCCUGUAACUAUUACCCAACAAAUAGUACAGAAACUGACGUAACAACCAUCACCGAAGGAGUGAAAAUUCGGUCCUCAAAACUUGACAGACUUCUGUAUGAUCUUGUGCCUUCUGGCCAUCAUUCUGAGGCAAGACCAGGGUCAUCAAACCAAUCAGUCUGGCACAAGGAGCCGGUUACACCGAGCAACAGUGCUCAGUUGCCAUUCAUAUCUGAAAGCACCAGAAAACGUAGAAAGGGCGUGCCACAAAAGCGGCCAUCCCUGCCUUCCCAGGCCACCUCAGCCGAAGUUGUGCCAAACAAAAAGGUUAAAUGGAGUGAUAAUGGUAGUUCUGUCAAAAAGGCACCAGAAAAAGUUUUAAUCCGGCCACCUCAGACACUUAUUGGACAAUACAGGAGGAAACCUGAGGUGUCUCGGCGACAGCCUUUCUACAACUCUCUGAUAGCCAACUGGAGGAAUCAGUUGGAUGAAUGGAAUGAAAAGAAUCGAGAAAUUGAUUCCAAAGAUGCUCACAAAAUGAAGUACCCUUCUUAUCUGCAUGAGUGGUUGGAGAGAGUUAAGUUUAAUCACACUCGCAAAUGGCAGAUGUUCAAGUAUUCGGAACCAAAAUGGACAGCAUGGCAACUAGCACAAACCAGCAAUGUGCGUGGUUCUUCCAAACAUGCUUAUUAACUAGAUCAUGAGAAAAAUUUAAAAUGUCUGAUGGCGGCCACAAGCUGUGCUUCCGCUUUAUUAAAAGUGCAAUAUAAAUGGACCUUUGAUGCUAUUGUGUUUGUG